AAUGCAAAAAUUGGGAAAAAUACCAUGGUCACACACACUUAGCUUAAAAUUAAUUGUAGAAAUCUAUUUUAAAAUGUUUUUAUCAAAAAUCUAAAGAGUACUGAGUUUUUGUUUGUAUUUCCUAUGGUGUAUAUGUGUUAUUAUAGACGAAGCUAUCACACUUUUAACUAGCUUUUUAUGUAGUGCUAAAGGUGAAAUUGCGUGGCACAAAUCUGUCAUAAUGUCCAGUUAUCAUCAUGUUAAAUGCUGUUUUGAUGUCCCUAAAUCAGAACAAAAAAAAAAUACGCUUUGUUUUUUGCCAGUAUUUGGAAAUGGCUGAUAAUGGUAGAACUUAGUAAUAUUGUCAACGUUGCGCACUAAUCUUAGUAUAAAACAUAUACAUUGUCCCGCCCUUCUCUUCAUUUAAAAAAAAAUCUUCGGAAAUAGUUUUCGCAUUAAAACUAUAUACGUCAGUAUGGAUGUAACAAAAUAUAUAAAUCAGGUAUUUUUAAGAUAAAUUUUUGUGCUUAGAACAACAUAAAAAUCUUUGUUAAUCCCUGUUAGAUUAUAAAUAGAUCUACAUAUCAAGAACUUAAAAUGAAACGGCAGAGCUUUUAUGUCGUAAUACUGUAUUAGGAUAAGAAUGUAGAUAAAACUAUCCUUUGUUCAAAUUUGCAUGCUAUUUUUAUUAACAUCUGUUGAACAAUCAAAUUUGUACAAAUGUAGUCAUGUAAAUUAAACACAAAUUAUCAACAACCUCGGCACCAGUUCAAAUUGUCAAACUAUGCCUACCAAAUGUAACCUAGAACAUUGGUUAUAUAACUUAAGCAAAAAAAGACUGGGAAUAAGGUUGCUAUUGAUAUGAGCGACCAACUUAUUUUAAUUGGCUUAAAAUACGGACAAAUUACUGUUGAAAUAAAGAUUUGUAAAUCUUAAAUUAAUGUGACUAAUUUCAAAAUCAGCAUUGUGCAUGCGGGGAGCUCAGCUAACUCAGGAUGGCAGACGACAAGAAAUUUCUUAACGGAGAGGAACCAAAAACCACGGAAUCGAAAACAGCGCAAGACGAUGUAGUUCAUGAUAAUGAUUUGCGCAUGGGCAUACGAUCGUGGAGACCUGAUUGGUUACAACGGUUUAACCACGUGAAUUAUUUUUUAGCAGUCUUAGCGGUCGCAUCAGUGGCUCAAGGUAUUAUCGUGAACGGCGUUGUCAUGGUAUCUUUACAAACAAUAGAAAAGGAAUUUGGCUUUUCAAGUAAAGUUUCUGGAUUUAUAGUGGCGGGAAAUGACGCCUCUGCCCUUUUGAUUGUGACGUUGGUUAGUUUCUUUGGAGAGCGUGGCAACAAACCAAAAUGGAUGAGUGUGGGAGCAAUAGUCACCGGUUGUGGUGUGUUAUUAUUUGCACUUCCAAAGCUUCUCAUCGGUGACUACAAACCAACAGGCUACAAUGAAAUUGAUGUUUGCUCCGCCAAUAAAUCAAUGUCAUUGCUGGAGAAAAAAUGUGUCACAGAAGCAAGUAGUAUCCUGUACAUAGCUAUCUUUUUUGUCGCUCAGUUAAUAAUGGGAGCUGGGACAACUCCUUUGUACACUUUGGGACCAACUUAUCUUGAUGAGAAUGUUUCUCCACGUGCUUCACCUGUCUAUCUUGGUAUAUGGUUUGCUAGUACCAUGAUGGGACCUGGUCUGGGUUUUGUUAUCGGAGGUUCAUUUUUAAGAACUUUCACUAACAUAGAUGAGCCCGAAGGUUUAAAUCUUACCAUAAGAGACCCACGUUGGAUAGGAGCUUGGUGGCUAGGUUUUGUAUCCCUUUUUGGUAUGUUUAUAAUUACUGGGUUCCUGCUGGUUCUGUUUCCAAGGAAAAUGAAAAACGGAAGAUUUAAGCGCGAAAAAUCCAUUCAAAAUGGCCAUAUGCCAUCCUCAGACGAGCAGGUUAAUUAUACAAUCAAAGGAUAUGUCAAAGAAUGUUUCAAAAUUUGCUUUAACAAGGUGUUCAUGUUGUCUGUUUUUGGAAUUACUGUGAAAACCUUAUACGCAGUUGGCUUGGUAGCUUUCUUGGCUAAAAUUCUCGUUCUAAAGUUUGGAGUUCCUCAAGAGAAAGCUGGUAUUUGGCUCGGCGUAAUAUUGUUGCCAGCAAUGAUAAUCGGCAUAAUAACUGGUUCACUGAUGAUGAGGAAACUCAAAGUGCAAGUUGCUGCUAAGACUGCGGCGAAGAUCUGCGUCAUCAUCUCAAUGUUGACAGCUUUUAAUUCUUUCUCUUUUCUUAUACCUGGAUGCAGUAACACAAAUGUGGCUGGGGUGAUGGUUCCUUAUCAUAACAGCACUGGUACAGACUCGCUUCAUUCAACAUGCAACAAAAAAUGUUUAUGCACUGAGAAGGACUACAAACCCAUUUGCGGAUCUGACGGAAUUACAUAUCACUCACCAUGUUUAGCUGGCUGUACAGUUAUGCUGAUUGGUGAAGACAAGCUUCCAUAUUUUGGAAACUGCUCCUGCAUCACACCCCAACUUAAAUCCAGGUCAACUAAUAAGACUGUAUUCAUGGCUCCCAUUAACCCAAACUUGAUGCGCGACACCUCAACCAAUCGAACCGAUCGAAUGAGUCCAAAGGAUGUAAUGAAAAUGAUGAUGAUAAAAAUGGACCAAUCUUUAGUUAAUCGAGCAACAUUUGGGAAGUGUGACCGUGGAUGUAAAAAUUUCUUCCUCUUUGUUGUUAUUAUAUGUGUGGCAAUAAUAAUAUCAUUCCUGUCUGGAACUCCUCAUAAAAUUAUGGUGCUCAGGUGUGUUCCAGACAAUCAACGGUCGUUUGCACUAGGAGCACAAUUCUUGAUUAUGCGAAGCUUUAGUUUCAUGCCAGGUCCAAUAUUGUUAGGAGCCAUAUUGGAUUCGAAGUGUAUCACGUGGGGUUAUAAUGCAUGCGGAGAGAAGAAGAAUUGUUUGGAUUAUGACAUAGAUGCGCUUUCAGUUAACCUAGUACUUUUAGGAUGCAUCACGUCAGUUAUCGCUACAGUAUUAUACAUUCUGGCGUGGUGGUUUUAUCCUGUGGUUGACACUCCAUUGUUGCUUGUGAAGGACGAUGAAAAUCACAACUUAUAACUUAAAGACUUCACACGCAUUUCCUUGAACAGUUUUUGUCAAUUUUUAUGACUCACCCGCAGUUACAAAAGUCUCCAGCUCGCUUGCUGAAAGUCACAAUCUUAUCCGCUCAGAACUAUAGCUGUUGAGAGAUUUGCCAAGGUUAAUCUACACCAAGCUUCUAAAUAUGUUAUUUUGAAAUCCUAUGUUAAAUUGUAUUUUUAAUAUCGUACGACAAACCUUACUGCAUCCUA